AAUUUCAGGAAGAGUUAACCUGCGCGAUGACAUCUGAGUAUACAUUGUCUUCUGCACCUGCACUUAAGAGAGGAGCAAGCACUGAGGCAUCAGAUGCUGCCGAGAGGAAAAAGUCAAAAGGGGGGGACCUUUCUGAGGAAGAAAUUAGUGGAGGAAACCCAGCACCAAAUUCGACUUUGGACGAAAGGAGUUCCUUAAAUAUCUCAAAUGAGCUCUUGCGUUGUGAACCUAUGGUGAUGCGUGGCAAGGAAAAUGACACUGCUGAUAUCGGAGGUUAUUCAGAAAUGCAGGUAGAUAUACCUUUAGCUCCUAUUCUCAGCUAUGCCGAGGAGGUGUCUAUGAUGGUCAACACUGUCAUUCAAGUUUUCUGUAAGUUAGAUGCUGUGAUUGAUAUGGCUAGGAUACUAGAUAAGCAGCCACAUGUUAGGCAACUCGUGGUAGAUAUUUUCCAAUCCCUUAAGCUUGCUGGUAAAGAUGGUAAGGAUGGUAAGCAAGUAGUAGCAACUCUUGGUGCACAAGUGAGAAAGUUGUUUGGAAGUCCCGAGUUUAUAAAGGCAUUUGUUGACACACAUGAGGAGGAUCCUAUGCUGUUAGCAUACAUUAACACGUUCUCAUUGGACGAAAAUGACCAAGUACGAAUGGAAUAUCUGAAGAGGGAUGCCUUGUUUGGAUUCUUUUUGGCAGACAAACAAGACUUUUUUGAUAUGAGGUUUGUCUUGGCAACUAUACUGGGGUAUUGGAGUGAUGAAAGGUAUUAUCUCAAGUUGAUUGAAGAGAUCAAGAAAGCAGGCGUGGAACUGCGACGGGCAGAUGUAAUUAUAGCUGAUGACCCUCAUCCUUGUACUGCGCAGGGUUUCAAAGAUGUGCUGAAAGCUAAAUACAAGAAUGUUGUUUAUGAGCAGAUAUGUGAAAAGAAUGAUCUUGAUGAACGUUUUCGCAAAGUAUGUAUCCGACCUUUUCACCGCCCGAUAAGAUACCUGUGGAUUGAGUGGCUUGACGAAAAUACCAUUAAAGUGCAGCAGCUCGGGCAUGGGGAACACCCAUAUUUUGUCCGCAGCAAUUGACAUUUGUUUUUCUUUUUCCAGUCGGUUGAGAACUUUUGCUAUGAAGUAUGAGUGUACCUUGAGUUGUUUCGAUCUGUUUUUUAUGGCCUUGUUUUUUGGAUUUUAAAUAAAAAGGAGAACUGGUAUUUGAUUCUUGUGAUUUUUCAGAAUAUGUUCUCUCAGAGUAGAAGAAAAACAUAACAAAAGAUAUCUUCAAAUUUCAAUCCUUUGUGAUUUAUUCCGAAAA